AAGCAAAUACCCGAGAGCUACGACGCCGUACGCACAGAGAGACGGUCUACCGAGCGCCAGCACAUCUCCGCAUCCGAAAGGAAACUCCGUAGCCGCCGCCGCAACUCUCGCCAACCCCUCCAAGCAGCGGUCGCCGCAGCCGCCGUCGCCGCCACGGUUAGCCAGCCAGCCGACUCCAAAGCUAGCAGCAGUCCUGCGCUAAGCGGAUAGCGCCGCGGUUCUUCUGUGCGCAUUCUACUGCUGCACACAAAGUCGUAUCUCAUAAGUGCGCCGCUUCUUUUUUUCGUUUUGUGGUGAUUUUGUGCGAGACGCCCGGAAGAAGAUCAACAUGAGACUGCUCGUUCUAUUCGCCACGAUCCUCGCCAUCGCGCUGAGCCUGGCGCAGGCCCAGAACUAUAAUCAGCUGUUCGCCGGCUUCGGACCCUACCUCAGGCAGCAGCAGCAGCAGCAGCCCAGCAAUCUCAGGGACCCGCGAUCGAACACCGGACCGGUGCUGUUCCCGCCAGGCCCACCGGGCAACCCCGCCGACACUAGCGGCGUCAUCGUCGGAGCCAGCGGCUACGGAUUCGUGCCCCCCAACGCAGGAUUAGGAUUGCACACGGGGAAGGCUCUAACGCCCCUGCAGCGUCCCCUCAUACCUCCGGUGAAGAUUAUAACGACCCCUUAUCGUUCUUAUUUUCCAGCCUUCUACACCUACUUCUACUAGCCCUUCUAGAAGAUCGUCGAAUCUAUGCACACGGAGCCGAUUAACGGAGCAACGAUCGCCGCGAGGACAGCGGUGAGCGGCGAUGCACGGGAGAGCGAGGUCGCCGAUCCUCCGCGCGAUGCCGAGAUCGUGAUCUCACGAUUGGAUCGUACACUUGCGACGGAAUUUCCAUUUAUUUUCUUCUAUUUUUUUAUUUUUCAUCCUCGAAAUCUCGCUUAAUUAGAGAGCCGCACGCGCGAGAGGGGGCUAAUUAAAAUCGAAGAAAGUCCGUCGUCAUUUGCAUGUCUGUCUGUGCAUGCGUGUUUCACCGUCUUCUCGGCACGUAUAGAGUGGAUGUGCAAUUACAUUGUGUACGCGUGAUAGAGAGAGAGAAAGAGAGUUGAGUAACGAUCGAGUGUGCGUAAAACGGGUGCGUCUCGCGUUGUAACGGCGCGUGCGAUAUAUCGGAGUCAUUAAGAUACGUAAUGUAUAACUUUGUUAAUUAAUAAUAUUUAUUAUUAAUUGAUGCUUGCACGGAAAUUUCAGCCGAGUCUGUCGCGCUCGUCAUACCUUUUUCUUCAUAUCAUAUAGUUAUAUAGUCUUACAUGUAGAUAGUAAAUGUCCGGACGGCGUCGCCGACUUCUUCGCCGAUUUUUCGUUUCUACGAUGUCCACCCUCUUAAUUCCCUCUGUAUAAACAUAGUCAGUGUACAUACGCAUUUCCAAUGUAAACCAUCGCGAGAAGUCGGCGAGGCGUCGAAAAAAAUGAGAAAAACCAGAAGAGACGUUGAAAAAACUGUCGCUGCGACGACGAAAAAAAAAGCAGAGGAUGAUUUUCCCGGGAUUUUUUUUUCUUUUCACAUAUGUGUAUAGCUUAGACAGUCUCGCGUCGACGCGCAUGCGAACACGUGCGAAAGUUUGCCAUGGUAAUUUGCACUUGCGCGCUACUGCAGCGCAGCAAACCUCAGCUCGCUCGCCGCGGCGGAGAGAAUAUUAUGUUAUGAACUAUCCGCGCCUCUACAUAUAUAUCGCGGCUACUCUCACCCGAGCAAGUCUGCGCAUUAGGAUGUGUAUAGUUGGAGAAACUCUUGAUUUUUUCUUCGUAAAAAUCGCCGAUCGAGGGAAGGAUUGAUAACGAUGUUUGCACGCUUGGAUGACUGUGUAUACAGCGAGGUGAUUUUCACGGAGGAAUGUGUAUUGCAAUUUUUGGUGCGAAUUGCGGUGUUGAGGAUUAUUUAGCGUCUGCAGCGCUGCGCGAAAGUGCCGGGAUGAGAAGUUUAUCAUGGGUACCGGAGAUCAUUUGUCAAGAUCGCUCGAUUACUUAUACCAGAUCGGGAUAUUAAUGAUUUUAGAAAUUUCAAGUUUCUCUUGUUACUUCUCGCCUUGGUUUUACCGCUGGCGUUGCAGACUAACACCACACUUAGCCAUACUCGAUACUCGAUUGAUAUAGUGAAGAAUUUGGCUUCGAUUCUGGUGUAUUCGGGACUUGUAAAUGUUCUCCAAAUUACGAUCACUCGAAAAUUGUAUUAACUUUAAAGUUUAUCAAAAAUAUUCGCACGUAAGCAGCUGUAUAAUAUAUAUAUGUGUAAUAACUAAUCUUAUUUAAUGUAUGUAUCGUAUUAUAUUUUGUAACUAUGAAUGACGAGAGAGUUUUUGCUAUAAAUGAUUAUUUUUUUACCGCUUCGAAAAAUUUGUAUUAUCUGUCUAUAGUGUUCUGUAAAUCGUACAUCACUUGUUGGAUGAUUUACGAACAAUGCGUUACAUGUUGUAAUGAGAGAAAUAAAAAUGUUAUUUUCCAAAGA